AUGGAGGAUAAUGAUUGGGAUUUGAGUGCUGUAGUAAGAAGUUGUAAUAUUAUUAAUAAGUCUACCAAUGUUACUGCUUCUGAAAAUGACUCGUAUACUUUUGAGAAAACAUUAGAUUUUUCAGUUGGUCGCGAGAAAAAAUCAAAUGAUCAGGUCGUAAUCACAAACCAAAACCAAGAGAUAAGAGAUCAGUCACCAAGAGUUUUCAAUGAAGUGUUGCAAGAGGAACUCACAGAUGAUAAAUGGGCAUGGCAAAAGUAUGGUCAGAAGUCAAUCAAAGGUUCUCCAUUUCCAAGGAACUACUUUAAAUGCAGUGCAUCAAACUGCAAAGCAACAAAAAUAAUUGAGAAAAGCCCAAAGAAUGAGAAGUAUUUUUUGGUGUCCUAUUCUGAUGUACACAACCAUGAUCCUCCUCCAUCUCGUAGGUCUCUUGCUUUAUACAACAAUAUUUCCAAACGCAGACUUCCAAAAAGUAUAAAUAUUGUGCCCAAGGCGUUAAAAUUGAAUGCAUCAUCAUCGUCAUCGUCAUCGUCAUCGUCCAAGCGUGCUAAGCGUUUCAAAGUUGAUGCCUCUCCAACUGCACCUAAACCUGAAAUUAAGAAAACUAAUGAAAUGGUUGAUGAUGUUGUUGUGGAGAACAAAGGUGAUAUAAUUGAAGAGGAGGAGAUUACAUAUGACAAAAUUUUCAUGGAUUUUGAAAACUCCAACAAGUUAUACAUCUAG